AUGAACCUACCCCCCGCUUCCCCCGAAGAAGUCCUCUCUCAAGCCUUCGAUCGUCUCUCUCACUCCCACUCCCCGACAUCCAUCCAGAUCGGUCUCGAUGCUAUCGAUGAAUACCUUGCAUUGGUUUGCAGCACACCCGUUCCGAUCUGCAGCCCCGUCGCUGCCAAAAUAUCAAUUGCAACAGCCUCUACUACACUCGACCUUCAAGAAAAACUCCCUUAUCCGACUAGUCCCUGGAUCAAGGAGUUUAGAAAAUUACAAGAUGGAUUCCAGUACAACAGUCUGUUGCACUUCCUAUUAGUUACCAGGGAGAUCGCCUUUUGUGUUAUCUGCGUGUGA